CGAUUUGAAAAUAAUAUUUGAUUUUAAAAGAUCAUUUUUGUCAUUUAUCAUUUCAGAUUGAACUAGAUGCAUCUGCAUCCAGAUGCACCAUCAAGACUCACCUUCAUUUGGGUGAGAAUUUGAGAUGAGUUUUUAAAAAUUCAGUUGGGUGAUCUAUCUGGAUGUAGCAUUAUAAUGCACAAAACAAACAUCAAUUUACAUCUUCACCCAGAUGGAUCACCUGGGUGAGCAAACGAACAGAGCCAAAACGAACAUCAAUUUGCAUCUUCAUCCAGAUGGAUCACCUGGGUGAGCAAACGAACAGGAAAAUGUUUACUUACUAAACCAAUGUUUAUUUAAGUAAAUAAAAUUCCUGUCCUAUUGUUUAACUAAAUGCUUCUCGAGAAAAAUGUUUAGUAAGUAAAUAAAAUUCAUGUCCUAUUGUUUAACUGUCUUAGACCAAUGUUUCGAGAAGCAUUGAAUUUUAUUUACUUACUAAACAUUUUCUAGGACAGGAAAAUGUCGAUUCUACAUUGGAACCCGAAAAGGAGAAAAAAGUUGUUAAAAGUAAAAGUCAACACAAAGAGGCUUUCACGUCUCUUAUCUUGUGGAGACAAAGUUGUGAUCUUUCAAAGUCUUAAGAACCAUUUCAACUGUAGUUUUUCUCUUGGUGACUACUCUCUGAACAAUCUUGUUAUUAUUUUUCUUGCGGAUCAUCCCAGACGAUGAUGCUUGAUCUCCAAAAUUUUCCUUCACAUGAUUUCUGUUCUUUUGUCUUUUGCUUAUUUUCACAAUUUGAUUACUCUGUCCAAUGCAUUAAGAACAACUUAGUGGCGACUAGCACAAAACCAUUUGUGUGUACAAACUUUUGGAUUUUUUAAUUGACCUGACGAUACAUAUAUAUGUUCAUAGAUGAAUAUUCAAUCUAAUUUACUGCUUACGUAUAACUCUCUGCAUAAGUUAGUCAUGAGAUAGAUAUUUUUUAAAAGAACCCUAGCACUGGCGAGUCGAUAGGGGAUGCCGGCUCAUGAGAUCAAAAUCUUCAUUGGGGUUUUGAUGUUCUCUUGAUCUAAACGUUCUUCGACAUUAGAUCAACCGUGUCUCUCCUUCUUCACGUUCAAGGAAUCUGCUUCUCAUCACCAGUUUCGUGUUGUCUCUUUAAGUCUUCUUCAUCAAGUCACCAAAAAGGCUCACCAAUCUGCGGGUUCAUUGAUCUCUGAUUGGUUUGGAUUGGUUUUGCCUCUCAUCAGAUCUGAUCUUACGUCAGGUCCUGCUUUUAUCCGACUCCUUGGCUGGUUUAGCUCCGUCUCACCGUUCAUAAUGCUCUGUUUCGUCCUAGCGAUAUCAUAUACUUACAUGGGAUCCUCGAUCUCUUACGUUCUGCUCAUAUGGCAGAUAUCGAAGGGAAAGAUAUCCUCUAUGAGGAUGAGGAUGAACCUAUUCACCUGGUGGAUCAGAACGACUCCCACACCAUGCGUGAAUAUCGUAUGUCCUUGAUCGGAAAAAUCCUAAACCCUAAAAAACAAAACGUCAAAAAACUAAUCAAGUUCAUGCCAAUGGGAGAUGCGAGAUAAAAUCACAGCCAACGGAAUAUUCUUAUUCAAUUUUGCAUAGGAAAAGACUUGCAAUGGGUGUUAAGACAGGGAUGUUUUUAUUAUAACGUUUGCAUGUUUGUGAUGGUCCGAUGGGAACAGAUAGUUCAUGAUGAAUAUCCGUGGAUUAUUCCCUUAUGGGUGGAUCUUACAGGAAUCCCCUUGCACCUUUGGAUGGUGGCAACCUGAAGAACAUUGGAGGAAAGAUUGGCAACAUUGACACAAUGGAGCUAUCUGAAGGUCGCUUGUUGGUUGAUUUGGACACUAGGAAAGCGCUUGUGUUCACCAAAAAAGGUCUAGAGACCAAGUGGGAAGGAGGUUUCCAUUCGAAUUAAAUAUCACAAGCUAUUUAAGCAUUGUUCAUAUUGUGGAUUAUUGAGUCAUGAAGUCGGGUACAGCAAAAAUAAGGAGGAUGAUCAGUGUGUUCAAUCGAUGAAGUCAGGAGUAUUCUCGCGUGUCCAACUACUUUAUGAUACUCUUGGCCGUCAAUCUUUGUUGCGGGAUAGAGAUGAUCGUGAUCAUUAUCAGUCACAAUGGACGUCAGUUGCUCAAGAGCAGUGAGAUAAUAUCAUACAGAACAUCACACUCUAAGAAUCAACAUAAUAACCGGUUUGAAAGAAAUGCUAGACGAUAUGACUACAAUCAGGAGAGAGCUUUACGUAGGCCAGGAGAUAAUCGAUGGUUCCGUCCUGCUCCUAGACACAGCCGUCCAUAUGUUCCAUAUGAACAUAAGAAUGAGCAUAAGAAGUUGCAGACAUGGAGAGAAUAUGACAAAAGAGCAGAUUUUGGAAAAUCAGGUACAAAAGUUACUAGUGGACAUCAGAGUCGUAUAAUCCUCUCAGGACUGGAAACUCGUCAACAUCAGUGCCAGAUGAUCCUAUUUCCAGUCAGCUGAAGGUCUCUCACACUGGUAGGAAGCUUGCCAGUAUCAUAAUUACUCCAUCUCGAGAAGACUUUGCUAGUGAGAUUAACGUAACAUUCCAUAAUAAAGGUGCUGCCCGCGCUAUCACUUUCUCUCCUACGGAGAAAGAUAAUUUGUAUAACGCCCCGGAUAAUGGUCAGGUUGUUGGAACUUUGCAAGGUAUGGAAAUUGGUGACUCAACCACCAUUGUAGAUCAACAAAAUGAAACAAUGGUGGAAUGUGAUGUCCUAGGGGAUGACUUACUUGGUGAGGAAUUGGAAGCAAUGGAAGAAGGUAAAAUUUUAUUGCAAAAUAAACGGUUACUAUUGUUGCUGCAAAGAGUGAAAAAAACAAAAGUUUCAUCAUCAAGCAAGGAAUGAGCAAGACUGGAAUACCAUACGGGUUUCAAAGCAAAAAUGUAGAGUUCCUUCGUCAGGGAUCUCCAAGGAAACGUCAUUCUAACUCGGGUGGUUUACCCUCUUCCAGGGAAACUGAGCAUCAUGGGAACAAGCGUCACAGUGAAUCAAAGAAAGAUAAAGUCAGCUCUCACAAGGAUAAUGGUUUGCAGGGGUCAACCCCCGAACAAUCUUCUAUGAAGUCUCUGAGUUGAAACUAUCGGGGGAUUGGGAAUGACUUCACAGUUCAGCGCAUUUGUCAAAAGCAGGCUCGAGACUUGUGUUCCUUUCUGAAACGAAGAACUGGAGGCUGCUGUUGCAAAACAUUCAGGCCGGCUUAGGAUUUGAUCGUUUGUUUACCGUUGAGCCACUUGGCCUCAUCAGAGUUUUAGCUUUAUUUUCUAUGGAUGAAUUUCAAAUAAAUGUUUUAUUUACGAAUAACAAAAUUAUUGACAUUGAGGCAGUCAUUGAUGGAAUAAAAGUAUUUUUGACGUUUGUUUAUGGGGACCCUGUCUUAAAAUGCAGAGAUCAAGUUUAGGAACGUCUUACACGUUUCUCAACGACACAAACUGGACCUUGGUUUAUGAUAGGAGAUUUAAUGAAAUCGCUAGUCAUAACGAAAAGGAAGUUGGAAGACAACACUCUGAAAGCUCGUUUUUGCCUUUUAAGCAGAUACUAAGUAAUUUUCGCAUAUUGGAGUUUCCAUUUACUGGAAAAUGACAUCGUGGGUUGGAAAGAGAUGACGCACCACUGUCAGAUGCCGAUUAAACAGAGCUGCUUAAAAUGAGGAUUAGCUUGAGAAUUUUCUUCACUCAGCUGUCAAGUAUUUGCGUUUACGGGGAUCAGAUCAUUGUCCAGUCCUAUCAAACAUUCUCACAAAACCAACUAAGGCAACAGUUAAAUUUAAAUUUGAUAAGCGUUGGUUGGAUAAUGAGGAAUUGAGGCAAGUCAUUCUUGAGGGAUGAAAUUCAUCAGAUCUCCCUCUUGAAGAAAAUAUUAUGGAAAAUAUUUCUAGUUGCCAAAGAGCCUUAAGCCAAUGGAGGAGGCAGAACAAUAUGAAUUCAUAAAAAUUGGUGGAGGAUUUGAAAGAGAAGGACGGGAAUCUUUACUCGAUUGAUGAUGGUACAACCGAGGAACAAUCAAAAGCAAGGAACUAUCUGAUGCUCUUAAGGCAGAGAAAAUGUUUUGGAAACAAAAAAAAAAUUCAGGUACUAUGGUUAAGAGAAUGAGACAUAAUUCAAAGGACCUUAACAAAGAAGAGGAGAGCAAGGAAUCAGAUUACACAGCUCUUAGAUGCGGCCGGAAAUAUGGUUGAAAAGGAGGAAGGAUUGGUAGCGUUGCUACUAGUUAUUUUAGUAAAAUCAUGGAGUCCUCUAGCCCAGAAGAUAUAGAAGAAGCGCUAUAUGAGGUUUCAACAACAAUCACUGGGUCUAUAAAUAAUGAUCUAACAGCUCUGGUCUCUGAAAGGGAGGUGAAACUGACGCUUUUUCUAUGCAUCCAGAAAAAGCUCCAGGCCCGGAUGGGAUGAUGGCCCUCUCCUACGAGAAAUUUUGGGAUAUCGCAAAGGAGAAUUUAACCUGUAUGAUUAAUCAAUUCUUUUUUCAGGGAACAAUGGCAAAAGGGCUAAACGAUAGCCAUAUUUGUUUAAUCCCAAAGCAACAAAGCUAACAUAAAAGUCCCAGUUCAGACCGGUUAGUUUGUACAAUUUCAGCUAUAAGAUAAUCUCUAAGGUCCAAUACCAGAGAUUGAAGAAAUUCCUACCAGAACGUAAUCAUAAAUCCAGUAAGCCUUUGUUGCUGGAAGACAGAUUACAGACAAGUUCAUGACAACACAUGAAAUGUUUCAUGCGCUACGGACAAAGCCAAGUAGAAGAGAAAAAAUAAUGACAAUAAAACGGAUAUGAGUAAAGCCUAUGACAUGAUGGAGUGGCCAUUCAUCGAAGAAGUUAAGAUUGAUGAUUAAACAUUAUCAAUGUAACUUCGAAUUGCUUUCUGAUUGAUCCUACGCUAUGAACACAAUAAAUUAACGAGUUCACAGCCAGCAACCACUAAUUCUCAUGGGAGACCGUCCUCCCAAAGAUUCACUAUCAAAGAGAAUGAUAUACACACCACAUCCUUUGUGGCAUCAAGAGUUUCACAAGAGAUAAUAUAAUUCGAGCCUUUACAGCCUUUGUAACGAGCUACGUGAAUCUAUCUCUGAGUACAACAUAAGAGAUAAAAAUAAGAAGCUAAAACUGUUCUUUGGCUUGCUUGAUCUUGAUAUUCUCUCUCACUGAAUCUGUUUCUCUCUCUUGUUUCAGGUUGUUACGUAGAAAUUUAUGAAAAAGAUGAACACGUCAGUUCGUAUUUAAUCUCGAGGCUAUGACGACUAGGACUAUCGCGAAUUCGUCCCAUGUUGAUCGUUUCUUCUACUUCAACUCUCGGCCCAAUACAAAGAAGUCAGCGUGAGGACUCUGUCUAAAGCCAGGACCAAAAAUCUCCACAUUGAUCUUAAUACAUAGCACCGACACUUCGACGUUUUAACCUUUUCUCUUUUCUUUUUCUCUGAUGUCUCUGUAAACCCUAAAGGCGAUUUUCACUGCAUUUUCUUCUUCUUCGAAUAAACUCCAAUGAACCCCAAUGCUUGAUUAUCCUCACACAUUUGAGAUAAAUCUCUCCAUGUCUUCCGAAGUUAUCUCUCUCUCGAACCUUUUUAUAUCACUCAAAUUAUCUUAAGGAGUGACUUGUACUCUCUCAAAUAAGAGAUUCAGUUGUAGUACUUAUGGAUCGAAUCCACAAGGAAUGAGGACACACAAUAGAUCUAAAUCAAUUGUGAUGAAGCUAGGAAAAUAGUUUAAAAUCAGUAAAUAAUAAAAGUAGGGUGAACAAUCAAAGAUUAAUUAGUUUAGUUUGGAGUAUUAUUUAUAAGAUAAGACUAGUGAUACGAUAACACGUAGGAAAAAUAAACCGGAGAGAGUGAUCAAAUUGACUCAACCGAAAUUAAAAAAAAAAAACUAUCCGGCUCACUGAAAAGCGGUAUUUUGUUUUGUUUUGAACGAAGCGGUAUUUAACAACUACACAUUAUGAUUGUUAUUAUUAUUUUCGUUUGUGUUGAAAGUUUAUUGUCAACGCAUCUCUUUUGCAUCUCGGAUUCCACUCUGAUCAGAAAUGGCGCAGAAGCUUAACUUGGAUAAUGUUGCCGUCUCUGCGGACGUCUACCGCUCUAGUUUCCCCUCCACCUUCACCUUCGGCGUCGCCACUUCCGCUUACCAGAUCGAAGGAGGCUGGAACGAAGGUAAAUAGGGGCCAAACAUAUGGGACAAGUUCACUCAUCUUGAAGGAAAAGUUGUUGACGGAAGCAAUGGCGAUGUCGCUGUGGAUCAUUACCAUAGAUAUAAGGUUUAGCACAAUAAACUUCUUUUUUUUUUUCCUUUUUUUUUCCCUAUGCUUUCCUUAUUUCUUCAGUAAUUUUCAGGAAGACAUUGAGCUUAUUGAAGCAUUAGGAUUCAGCGCUUACAGAUUUUCCAUUUCUUGGUCUCGCAUUUUCCCUGAUGGUCUGGGAACUGAAGUCAAUGAAGAAGGCAUUGCUUUCUACAAUAAUAUUAUCAAUUCCCUUCUUGAAAAUGGUAUUCAGCCGUUUGUCACUCUGUACCAUUGGGAUCUCCCCUCACAUCUCCAGGAAUCCAUCGGGGGUUGGACAAACAGGAAAAUUGUAGACUAUUUUGGCCUCUAUGCAGAAGCUUGUUUUGCCAAUUUUGGUGAUAGAGUGAAGCACUGGAUUACAUUAAAUAAACCACUUCAGACCUCGGUGAAUGGACACUGCAUUGGGAUAUUUGCACCUGGAAGAAAUGAAAAACCCUUGAUCGAGCCAUAUUUGGUCUCACAUCAUCAAGUUUUGGCUCAUGCAACUGCUGUUUCAGUAUAUAGAAGCAAGUACAAGGAAAGUCAAGGCGGACAAAUUGGUUUGUCGGUUGAUUGUGAGUGGGCAGAGGCAAAUUCGGAGAAAAUGGAGGACAAGGUUGCUGCUGGUAGGAGAAUUGACUUUCAACUUGGAUGGUUCUUGGAUCCUUUGUUUUUUGGAGACUACCCUGCAAGUAUGCGCCAGAAAUUUGGAGAUAAUCUUCCUACAUUUACUCCGGAAGAGAAGGAGUUUAUGCUUCAGAACUCAUGGGACUUUCUUGGCAUAAACCACUACACUUCGAGGAUAAUUGCUCAUGUCUCAAACAACGAAGCCGAGAGUGACUUUUACAAAGCACAAGAAUUGGAGAGGAAUGUUGAAUGGGAAGAUGGAGAGCCUAUAGGCGACAGGGCAGCUUCGGAUUGGCUUUACAUUGUGCCUUGGGGAAUCCGGAAGACUUUGAAUUAUGUCAGCGAAAAAUACAACCACCCUUCAAUAUUUAUUACUGAGAAUGGCAUGGAUGAUGAAGAUGACGGAUCUGCCUCUAUCCAUGAUAUGCUCGACGAUAAGCGUAGAGUUGCCUAUUUCAAGAGUUACCUUGCCAAUGUCGCGGAGUCUAUCAAAGACGGAGUGGACAUAAAGGGAUACUUCGCAUGGUCGUUGCUGGACAACUUCGAAUGGGUGCAAGGUUUCACCAAGAGAUUUGGUUUGGUAUAUGUAGACUACAAGAAUGGUUUAACCCGUCACCCAAAAUCUUCUGCCUAUUGGUUCAUGAAGUUUCUUAAAGGUGAUGAAGACAACAAAGGUAAAAAGGAAUGGAAAACAGAGAAAGGAAAUCCAAAGCUACUAUAACAUUUACACGAUUUGCGCUGUGUUAUUAUAAAUUUGUACCAAGGAGAUUAGUCGAUGAUGGUGGUGGUAUAAAAUCAUUACAAAACAAAUCACUUAUGCCAUUCUUUGGUUUAAAGCUUGUACUAGAUUUUGAUCCGUGCAACCGCGCGUGAUUAUUUAUAUAUGUAUUUAUAAUUUUAUCAUCAUUUAUAUUUAUAAUUUAUGUUUCAAAAUUAACUUUUUUUUGGUUUGAUGAUAUUUUGUAAACUUCGGUUUACGUCGAGGUUGUACUCUUGAUUUUCCGGUUUGGUUGUGGAUUUUGAUUUUUGAUUCUAAAAGUAUAGUAAUGGUUUGAUUAUAUAUAAAUUUGAGUUUGGUUU